CGAUUAGCCCGCGCACUGUUUACAUUCUGUUGCGCACGGAUGCGGCAGAGAACUGUCUGGUUUUCGGCCAAAGAUGUACUCUCACGGUUCAGAAAGUCUUAUUAAACAAGCGAGAGAGAUUCAGGAGCCUGAGCUGCAGAAGUUUUGCAGCAGACUCGUGAAGCUGCUUCAGGUGAAGGAGCUCAACCAUGAGACCCUGGACUCGCUGCAGAGGCUGCACCUCAUCCUGUCCGCCAACAAAUACACCAGAACUCUGCCUGCGGAGCUCCAGCAGAGGCUCGUGUCGCUCCUCUCGUCCCCCUCAGAGCAGCUUCAGGUGCUGAGCUCUGCUGUGCUCAGAGAGACGCUGCCUCUCUCUGGUCAAGAGCUGAACUCCAUCCAGGAGAACGUUGGUCAGCUGAACACUCAUACUGCUGCUCUGCUGCUUUCUCAGGCUAGGUCCAGGUCAGAUCUGUCGAGGUUCUGCGCACACCUUAUGUGCACGUUAGAGAGCCGGCCGUCUGAAGGGUCACCUCAGUCGCUCAUGUUCAUCCUGCCGGUCCUCAACAGCCUGUUCACUCUCAGCCCGGAGUGUCUCACCAACGAACAUGUGACCCUCCUGAGUAAAAAGCUUGUUGACUGGCUGCGCUAUGCGAGCAUCGUGCAGGGAAGCGGCGCCUCCUCAGGAGGAUUCUUCAAGGGGUCCAGAUCCCGUCAGCCUUUGCCGAUAGCAGAGCUGGAUGGGUCGGUGUCGGGGGAUUUCUUCACGGUGCUCUGUGUGGGGCAAGGCUUCACCGAGGACCAGUGGAUGAACGUUUAUUCUUUCUCCAUGCUGCGUCACUGGCUGCUCGCCUACCACUCUGUUUCCAGCAUCAACACUGCAGUGGACACUGGUAAUUCAGUUCAAGCCAGUUUAUUCAUCACCAACAGGCUCCAGCUCAGCCUCUCCUUCUCCAACGGUGAGAUGGCCGCAGUGGACUGUGAGAGUGUGUGGAAGCUGGUUUUCGCUCAGUUUCCUGCUGAGCUCUUCAAUGACCCCUUCCUGGCGCACGAGCUUCUGCGUUUCCUCCGACUGAACCUGGAGAGCCUGAAGCUCCGGGCUCCGGAGUUCACACGCUUCUUCCCAAACAUCCUGAAGUUUUUAGCGUGGGACAGUCCAGCUGUGGUGGAAGACUUUAUGGAUCUGCUGCCCUCUCUGGUGACUGCAGGAACUGCAGUGGAGCUGCUUCACACUCUGCUGGACCUCCCCUGUCUGUCUGCGACGCUCGUCCUGCAGCUCAGGUCCACGUGUCUGCCCAUCUCUGAGCCAAACGGACGAGGUCUUCUGUCGCUGGAUGCAUUUAGAAACCCCUCUUUUAGAGGACUUUUCCUCUUUCUGCUUCGAGUGGAAUCAGGCUCAGGUGACACAAUUGACCGACUGAGCACGCUCCACGAGCUGCUGGCCGAGGCUGCUGAUUGGCCGAGAGUCGUUCGUUGUGCGCAGACCGUCCCGGUUCUGCUGCACAUUUAUUUUAACACAGUCGUCACGGUGGCCGAUGAGAAGCUUUUAGCUCAUUUGAUCCUGGUGAUGCUGGAGAGAAGCAGCCUCCUCCUGAACACCCCCACAUACAGCAGAGAGGUCCACAGGGUGUUCAGCUGCCACCUGCUCAGGUUGUGUAAGCUCCGCCCCUCGCUGGUUGUGGACCAGUCUCACGAGCUGCUGGAGUUCGCUGGAACCACAGCCAACGUCUACAGCAAAGAAGAAAUCUACACUAAUGUGGUUUGGGUGCUGGGGGAGUACCUGUCAGUGCUGUCUGACUCCCGCUGCUCUGUGAGUCUCAUCACUUCCUGUUUCGAAGCUCUGGAAGCGGUGCUGUUUGAGAUCACUUCAUCUGCCCCACCCCCUGGAACAGUAUGCCCCGCCCCUCGUGCAAUCACGUCUCUGAUGAGCGCUCUCGCUAAGCUGGCAUCACGAUCACAUGACCUCAUUCCGAGGGUCUCUUUGUUCCUUUCCAAGUUGAGAACGAUCAGCAGAAGCGGAUCGGUCGCCUGGUGCUCCGAUGAAGAGGACCUUGUUGCCAUAGUAACACGAGGAGAGGAGCUGUGGUCACUGCUGAAGGCCCCCGGCGUGGCUCAGAGUGUCCUGACUCCGCCUCCCCACGUCACCACGCCGCGGUGGUACAGAGACACCAAUCUAGCCAUGCCGCUGCUGCUGCGAGCCAUCACCAGACUCACACACCCGCAGUGACACACACACUCCAUCAUCAUCAUCAUCAUCCUGCACAGGCACCACAAGCUUCCAG